AGGUUGUACCACAUUUGGCACUCUCCUUAAAAUCAUCAUACGGUUUACAAUCUGAAGUCAUCACCACCUCUCUCCUAUUUCAAUUUUGGUUAAAGUUUUUUGUUUCGUUGUCCUUGAAGCGUUGUUUGUUAUUAUUUAGUCAAUUAUUCAUUAGAUUGAUCACUUAACUAAUCAAACACUCAAUUGAUAAGUAAUCAUGACUAUUAAAGCAGUUAUCCUUAUCGGAGGUGAAAAAACCGGUACAAGGUUCAGACCUUUGUCAAUGGAAUUACCCAAAGUUUUAUUCCCUAUUGUUGGUAAACCAUUUAUUUCUCAUAUUGUGGAAAACUUCAUCAAUCAAUUAGAUGGGAUUGAACCAUUGGAAAUCUUACUUAUUGGAUUCCACAAGGAUACUUCUCAAUUAGAAAACUAUAUCAAUGAAAUUUCAAUCAUUCAUCCUUGGGUUAAGAUUAAAUAUAAAGCUGAACCAGGUACGUUAGGUACUGGAGGUGGAUUAUAUUAUUUUAGAGAUGAAAUAUUCGAUGAUGAUUGUGAAAAAUUAUUCUUUAUUCAUGGUGAUAUUAUUUGUGAUUUCCCAUUUAAACAAUUACUUGAUUUUUAUAAUUCUCAUGGCGGUAAUCCAGUGAUUUAUGGAGUUGAUCCAAGUUUAUUAUUAAAUAAUUAUUUAAUUGGUUUAACUAGUUUAGAACCAGAAGCAAGACAAAAAGUUAUUAGUAAGUUUGGUAUUAUUGUUUCAAAUAAAUCCACUAAUGAAGUUAUCCAUUAUGUUGAAAAGCCGACUACUGAAUUUACUUUAGAUUCUACUCAUGAUAUUUUAAUCAAUGGUGGUAUUUAUGUGUUUAAUAAGGAUAUUUUCAAAUAUUUAGAAAGAGCUCAAUUAAGUAAAAGAAGAGCAUCAAAAGCAUUUUUAUAUGAUGAUUUAGAAAAUGAUUCAGUUAAUCCAAAUUCUCUUAGUUUAGAACUUGAUGUAUUAAAGAUUUUACCUCAAACUGAAGGUCUGAAAUUUUAUAGUUUUAAAUCUACAAGCUUCUGGUAUCAAUUGAAAACUCCAUUAGCUGCUUUAUUAGCCAAUAGAUAUUUCUUAGAACAAUCUGAUACCUCAAAUUCAAAAGCUACUGAAAAUAUUAUUCCUCCAAUUCAAGUUUUUGAUUCAAAUUUAAGAUUAAAAGGGGGUUAUAAACUUGGUCCUUAUGUUUCAUUUGGUAAGAAUGUCGUCAUUGGUAAUGGUGUUAGAAUAAAAAAUUCGAUUAUUGCUGAUAAUGUUACUAUUGGUGAUAAUAGUUAUAUUGCUAAUGCUAUUAUUUCAGAAGGAGUUAAGAUCGGGAAAUGGUGUAGAAUUGAAGGUGAAGUAAGUAAAUCAUCUAUUCUCACUGACAUUGAUACUACUUCCAAUAGUAAUUUGAAGUUGGAUAAUAAUAUUGUUAUUUUAUGUAAGGGUGUUUCUGUUAGUAAUCAAGUUUUCAUUCAGAAUUCGGUGGUUUUGCCUCAUAAGGAAAUCAAAUCUGAUACGAAACAUGAGAUUAUAAUGUGAACAAGAUAAUGAUAAUUAUCUAAUUUAAAGUGGUUGUUCUCUGCUAUGUUUUUUGGUUUGAUUUUUUUUGUUU